AUGGCACGGCGAGCGCGCGCCCCGCCACAGUCGGCUGGCCUCGUUGUGCUUCUCCUCGCCGUCCUUGCCGGCGGCAUGUGCGUCCGCGCGCAAACGACGGGACUGCUCCUCUCCCAAGAAGCCGUCCUUUACACGCUGGGGAGUCAGAAUACGGACAUGCUGCCUGCCGUGGUGGCGGACGAGGACGGCAUGGUUACCGCCCUGUACGCCGCCACUGCCAUUCUAGUGCCACUCUUCGCUCUUUGCUCUUCCCUCUUCCCUCGUCUGCCUUCUUUCUUCCCUCCUCCCUCAUUCCUUACCUCCUCCCUCCUUCCUUCCCUCCUCCCCCGCUCCUUCCCUCCUCCAUUUCUCCCCCCUUCCUCCCUCCCUCCUCCCUCUCUCCUCCCCCUCCUCCCCCCGCCCUCCCUCCUUCGCACGUCCCACUUCGUUCUUCUUCCACGGGGUGAAUUCCGAUCCCAUAUUUUAUCUCCCACCACUCUCACCCCUCCCUUCCCUCCACCCGACACCACCUUCACUCCCCCCACUCGUCCCCCUCACACCCCACCCAACUACCCCGCCCUCCCCAGCGACCUGGGAGGCACAGCGCUGAGUGGCUCUCUGCCCCAAACCAUGAGCACCCUCUCCAAAUUGCAGGACCUGGCCAACCAUGACUUUGCCCAUUUAUUCCCUCCUCUCCCUCCUAAUCCUCCUCUCCCUCCUCCGCCUCCUGCCCCUCCUCUCUCUCCUCCCCCUCUUCUCCCCCUUCCCCCUCCUCUUCCCUCUCCCCCUGCUCUCUCCCCUCUCUCUCCUCACCCUCCUCCCUCUGUUCUCCCUCCUCCAACUGCUCAUCUCGCGGUUUCAGCCGGCUGGACAGGAACAGGUUCACUGGCGGUCUAA